UUUAUAUAACUGUUUUUGUUUUUAACAUGCACGAUGUUAAAACUGAACGAUGAUCCAAAUCGCAAGUUUGAAACAAAGUUUAAACGUUCUAGUUUAAACGGUCAGAACGGCGUUCUAAUAAUCCCGAGAUCAUGGAUUCGAUUCCCAGCGAUCACUUGUACUGUAAAAAUAUAUUUUACAAGCAUUUGACAAAAGUUUGGUAGGUGCCGGAAUGUAAAUGUUUAAUUUAUAUGUGUCUGAAAUGAGAAACAUCACAUGGCAAUUUGGGGCGACCCGACCUCAGUGGGUCUCCUGGCUGCGUCUCUUAUUUUCAAUGCUUUUUUGGACCUGUUUAAAGGCACAGCAGUUAAAAAACACCAGAUGGCCACUGUAUUCCGGCAAGCCUUUGGUUUUGGCCUGGAACGCCCCUACUGAAGACUGUAGACCUCGACAUGAAGUCACCUUCCAGUUAGAUCAAUUCCAAAUAGUGGCGUCACCGAACGAGGGCUUCACCAAGCAAAAUCUCACAAUUUUUUAUCAUGACCGAUUAGGUUUGUACCCGUAUUUUGAGUCGGACGGCACUCCAGUCAACAGUGGCCUACCUCAAGUUGCCAGUCUCACAGAACACCUAGAACGGAUGCCGGAAGGGCUCAAGAAGUACAUCAAGGACUCGACAGUGAAAGGGCUCGCUGUGAUCGACUGGGAGGAGUGGCGGCCCCUCUGGAUACGUAAUUGGGGUCCUAAAAACAUUUACCGUGAUGGUUCGCGACGGUUAGUCGCUAACAAAAACCCAACUUGGCCUCAACAUCAGGUGGCCAAAGUGGCCCAGCAAGAGUUUGAGCUUUCUGCACAAAAGUUCAUGUUGGAGACGCUUCGAUCGGCCAAGAACUUACGGCCCCAGCAACUUUGGGGUUUCUACCUCUUUCCUGAUUGUUACAAUCACAAUUACCAAAGUAAGAACUACACGGGACGCUGUCCGGAUGUGGAGGUGACCAGGAACGACCAACUAAAGUGGCUGUGGAUGGAGAGUACAGCCCUGUAUCCUUCCAUAUACAUGGCUAAAGUGCUGAAGGACCAAGCGGCCGGACGCCAGUUUGUACGAAACCGGGUCAAGGAGGGCAUGAGGUUGGCUUCUGUUGGGGAUGGGUCAGCCAGGCCUGUGUUUGUCUACACGCGGCCCACUUACCAAAACAGUCCUCCAGCUUCUAACAGCCACCCUCUUGAUCUCCUGCUGCUGACAGAGAUGGAUCUGGUGUCGACCAUCGGCGAGAGCGUGGCGUUGGGUGUAGCGGGCCUCAUCUUCUGGGGCGACUCCAACUACGCUAGCAGUCAUGCUGCUUGUUCCAGUCUUAAUCAAUACCUGCGAGGGCCGUUGGGUCGUUACCUGCUGAACGUGACGUCAGCCGCCGAGCAGUGCAGCCGAAACCUCUGUGGAUUUCACGGCCGCUGCCUUCGGAAACAUCCCGACACGGACACGUACCUUCAUCUCAGCUCAAACACCCACAGCAUAGAGCGUCAGGGAAGCACGCUGAAGGUGUCGGGACAGAUGGGAGAAGAAGAGCUGAGCCGCGUACGGGACGAGUUCCAGUGUCAGUGCUAUAACGGCUACACCGGUGACGACUGCAGCCAGAGGGAAGUUGGGAAUAGAGCUGCGCUCGUCUGGACCACGUUUCUGCAAGUUCUGCUGUUGCCGCUGCUCUUGAUGGGCUUCCUGCACUGAGGAGUUCAUUAGAUGUGGUUUGAGGACGAUACACAACAGACCUUCUCAUCAAGAAAUGUGUGAAAGGCCUUUUGUUCACUACAAUUUGAACGCGCACGCUAACUCUGUGGACUGUAUGUACAGCACAGUGGUGGCUCAGUGUGUUUUUUUUGUUCGAGUAUAUCGCCCCCUGCUGCAUGGGAGGCUGAACCUCGACAGACGGUAUUGUGAUUUUUGUCUAGGUUUGAUGUUUGUGAAUGUGUGGAAGAAAUUUGAUCUUGUCCGUAUGCAUUUUUUCAUGAAAAAAAAAAAAAAAUCUAAAUUUGAUGUGGUGGUUUCCGCUGUCAUCUGAGGCCUUUUGUAUUUUUUUCCUUUAUACCUGCGUAAAACCAGUUGUGACCUUAUUUCUGCUGUGAGUCACAUGACCAGUUCCUUAAAAAGGACUUGUUUUGUUACUUGCAACUCUGCUGCCUCAUCAAAACCUCACUUAGAUUUAAAUCUGUCUGCUGUAUUACAUUUCACUCAAAAUUUGAAGAAAUUACAUUUUGCAUGAGGAAAAUGAAGCCUGUUUUAGGAACAUUUUCUUUAUUUUUUUCCAUUGGUUUUGAUUUGAUUCCAUGAGAUUUGUGCGUUUUCUUUUUUGCUGUUGUUGUCGUCAUUAAUACAGUGUUAUUAUUAAAAUGAUUGAAUUUUCAAUUUGAUUCUCUUUAUGUAAAUUAAGCAUUUGUUGUAAAUUAUAUUGAAAAUUAUAAUGUAUUCAAACAGAUUUCUUAAUUACUUUUAAUUCUCAUGAUCCUCGAUGUGAUUCUGAUUAUAGUAAUAAUGUUUGUGAAUGUGCAUAAUUAUGAUGAAAAUGUCACAACGGAUCUUAAUGGUCCUUUAAUUAGGUUUCUUUAUGCAAAAUAUAAGUUUUGUCAUUAUUUUCUUUUAAUUUGGGGGUGAAAUGUGACUUCAGACAUGCUCUUGACAGGUUUUCUUAGACCACUGCUGAAUAGUGAGGAAUUUUUGCAAAGCUUGUGAUGCCAAACAUGAAUCUAGAUGUCGAUGUGUUUUUUUUACUUCGUCCCUGUAGUUAUUUUUUUGUUGUUGUAGUGCCUCUAAAAGCAUAGCUCACCCAAAAAAGAAAAUUCUGUCAUUUACAUACUGUUUUCUUGUCUGUCAGCAAAGUAGGUAAUGAUAGAAAUUGCAUAUUUGGGUGAAAAGUCUCUUUAACUGACUGUGUUAACUGAAGUGCUAAAUUAAACCUAAAAGGCUUCAUUUUUAUUUUCAUACAAUAGAAAUCUGAUACCAAAUCUUGUGUUGUAUUGGGUGACUCAGUCAAGUGAAUUGUUCUGAAAGUGGUUCGUUUUAUAUUUUUACAAUAAAUCUCAUAUUUAAAAGUUACUAAAA